AUGUCGACGGCGGCUGCAUCUCGGCCAAGCGGCCCCAUCCUUUUGAGCCCCUUUCCCAACUACCAAUCCGCCUCGCUCUCCCGUGUCAAGCUCCCCGCCGGUGGCUCGCCGUCGCCGGUCAAGUCCGUCAGCGUCUCCUCUCCCCCCUCCUCCCCCACCGCCGCCCCCAAGAUCCGUCGGUCCUGCAUGUGCUCCCCGACGAACCACCCGGGCUCCUUCCGGUGCAGCCUCCACAAGGAGCGCAAGCAGGCGGCCCAGGCUGGCAGCACCAGCAGGCCCGUCUCCCCGCCUUCGCUGCCGUCGAAGCGCACGGCGAGCCCAUUCGCGCAGCUCGUCCCCAGAGGCAGCGGCUGCUCUAGAUGCUCGUACAGCGGGCUGGCGCAGCGCGUCCCCAUGGGGAGCGGGCACUGGGCACGCAAGGCGCUCGUGCCGUCCCACGCAGUGCAGCAGCUGCAGCACCGGAAGCGAGUGGUGGAGCAGUUCCACGCCGGGCCCAGCCGGCUCUCCGCCGCCGCCGGCCGCCAGUAA